AUUUAGGCUAUAUAUACUUUUUAAAUUGCCCCCGAAGUUGUAGGAUUUUUUUGGAGCGCAUUUCACCCUGGAGCGGUACGCGAUGCUCUCUCAUGCCGACCUCCUGGAUGCUCGGCUCGGUGAGUUAUCAUCACUAAACUCCGGCCCUAAACUCCAGUGGAUGAAGGAUGCUGCAGAGCUGCUCGGACACAGAGAAGCUCUGAAAUGCCGGCUGGGAGGCGGAGUGUCGGACCAGGGGCAUCCGGGAGACAUGGCCCCUGGCUCGGACUCUGUAGAGGGAACCACGCUCCUGCCGGGGGAGGACAUCGCGACUGUGGGAAGCAACUCCACCGGCAUGUCGGUGAACGGGAAGGAGCAGGACAAGCAGCAGCAGCAGCAGCCGCAGCAGAACUCCGGGCAGACGGCGAGCCAGAAACAGAAGCGGCACAGGACGCGCUUCACGCCGGCGCAGCUUAACGAGCUGGAGCGCAGCUUCGCCAAGACUCACUACCCUGAUAUCUUCAUGAGGGAGGAACUGGCCCUGAGGAUCGGCCUCACUGAGUCCAGAGUUCAGGUUUGGUUCCAGAACAGGCGCGCCAAGUGGAAGAAGAGGAAGAAGACCACCAACGUGUUCCGCGCCCCGGGCACGCUGCUGCCCACGCCGGGCCUGCCGCAGUUCUCCGCCGCCGCCGCCAUGGAGAACAGCCUGUGCUCGUUCCACGCCAACGACUCCCGCUGGGCCACGGGGAUGCCGGGGGUGUCGCAGCUGCAGCUGCCGCCCGCCCUGGGCCGCCAGCAGGCCAUGGCGCAGUCCCUGUCACAGUGCAGCCUGGGCCCCGGGCCGCCGCCGAACUCCAUGGGCCUGUCGAACGGCCUGUCCUCCAACGGCCCUGGUCUGCAGUCCCACCUCUACCAGUCGCCUUUCCCGGGAAUGUCGGCCUCUCUCUCCGGCCCCACGAACGUAUCUGGCUCCCCGCAGCUGUGCAGCUCCCCGGACAGUGACAUGUGGAGAGGGACAAGCAUCGCGUCGUUGCGGCGCAAGGCGCUGGAGCACACAGUGUCCAUGAGUUUCACUUAGUGACUUUUCACACCAUCACCACUCCCUACUCGGUCCAAAAAACCCCUCUCUCCAGUCGCCGCUCUUGUCACUCUCUGUUUUUAAGCCCACUGCUUUAGAUCAAAAGGACAGAAUGAAUCCUGAAAGCGAGUAAAUGGAGCUUGAAUGAGACUUUAUACAUGAUGAAAAAUAACAGGUCAACGCUGAUGGACAUUUAGAAGGGGAACAACGAGUUUUAAGCUGUUUAUCUUGUUAAUUCUAAAGGAUUUUUUAAUCAACUAUUGAUGAUAUAUUGUAAUGGUCUCUAGAACAUAGGCCCGAAUUACUGAGAGCCAAACAAUCGUCGUAUUUACGUUUUCAUCGAGUGCGUCUUGACGCACCAGUUAUUGUGUUCAGGUGACGUUGUGUUAUGUCGAGCGGUUAUUUAUAGUACUGGAUAUAAUAUUUGGUAACUGUGAACCACACGCCUAUACCACACUGACAGUGAGCCUCUUGAACUGGGUCUCAGGCAUGCGCUGUUCAUGUGGAUUUAAUAAUCAGAAGAAAAAACAGGUGCCCAUCCAGAUUUGAGCCGGCGCUUUUAUUAGAGGAUCUCGCUCUCGUCUGCAUGAGACCAGAGCAGGAAUCCAAAUUAAAAUAUUAAAUAAAUGAAAAUAGAAAUAAAAAAAAAUACAUGAUCUCUCAGUAGGCCUCUCUGUUUUAGGAUGUUUUGUGUAGAUAAAACAUUCUUGCUGUACACGCUGGUCCUUUUUGUGACAUGUUUUAACUUAUUGUAUGUGCUAUUACUUGACACAUUUCUUAAAUGUUUGAUCUUACAUCGAAAAGCUCCACAUUCACGGGUUUGUACCAAUUUAAAAUAAACAAGCAAAUAA